UAUGUGAUUAUAUGUACGCAUGCGCGAUGUCAUAAUAAAUCAGAACUACACGAUACUUGGAUAGUUUCGUUUAUAAUUUUUGAGUAUACGAAUAACAAGACUAUAAAGUCUAAGGUGUGAGUUCUAAAUGUUUAUGGGUGUAAGGAAAUAAACGCCAGGCAGAGUAAAUCAGGUUGCUAUGGGUCAGUCUUGGGGUCGAACGCCUCAUGAAUCAGGAUCAGGGAAGACACAAGGACGUUCGAAAGCAGUGUAUGGUGUAGAUAAUGAGUAUUCUGUUGAAACAUUUCCACCAAUAGAAGUACCUGAUGAAAUUCUUUAUGAAGUGUUAAAGUGGGUACCAGCUGAAGACAUAGUAAAGUCAUGUGUAUAUGUUUGUAAACAGUGGCGGGAUGUCAUUAACAUACAGAUGUUCUGGAAAGAAAAAUGUAUUCAUGAACUUGGAUACACAAAUGAAAUAUUCCACUUCCUAGUGGAUGAGGACUUUAAAAAGUUGUACUUUAAAAGACCAUACCAAAAUAACUUGAUAAAGAACCCAGAUGCUAGGGAAGGAUUCAGUCACUGGAAAAUCCAUGAUAAUGGGGGUGAUAAGUGGAGAGUAGACACAGCUGCUGGCUGCAAUCCUAUAGAAGACUAUACUGGAAAUAAACUGGCAAAAAGAACUUUGUGCUGGGUAACAUCAUACGCAGAAUGUAGUAAGUCCCAAACAAUUGACCUGUUAGAAAAAGGUUGUAGUGAACAUGUGCUAGAUGAUGUUAGGCCAGAAAUACAUGUAUCAGAAUGGUAUGCAGCUAGGCCUGAUUGUGGCAUUAAAUACAGAAUAACUGUUCAGUUGUUAAGAAAUAAGGAAGCCAAAAUUGCAGUGAAGGAGUGGACGUUUGAAGACACCAAACCUGCUGGCAGUGAUUGGUUCAAGGCUGAACACACAUUUUCCAACUAUGAACCUGGUGUUCGCUUCAUCAGGUACUAUCAUGAAGGAAAAGAUAUCAAGUUUUGGAGUGGCUGGUACGGGGCCAAGAUGACGCUGUCUUCUGUAAUACUCGACCUCAAACAUACAUCAUCUAAAGCAUCGUCAGAGGGAUCAAGCAAGGCAUCUUGAAGCAUACACUGAGUCUAACUUCACCAAGACAUUUUCUUAAAGACUGGUGCAUAAAUAUAAGUAAACUAGAUCUAUUACCAAAAGUGAUUCAUAUCCCUACCAAAUGAAUGUUUUAAAUGGCUUUUAGCCUAGUUGGCCUUUAGUUGCAGUACAAUAAAUUCUUUUGUCAUUCAAGUCAAAGAUAUUUUCUUGAAUAUAGAAAGGUAAGUACAAAUAGGGAGAAAGUUGUUGUGCUGUAUCCUUUCAAAAAAAUUUCAAGGUAUAGUUAUGGUUCAUCUACUUUCCCUUGUUGCGAUAUGUCAAUGUAUUCAUAUUAUUAGAAUCAAUGUUAUUUUCUUUAGUGUAAAAAUGUUAGAAAAGACGUUUUUCUUGUGAUGUACAUUUACUCCUAUUGCCAUCUAUUUGUGUAUAAAUGCUUCUGAGAAUUUUAACUUAUUGUGUUAUAUGUUAAAAUGUUAAAGAUAAAAUGCAAAGAAAUAUAGAGAUAAUUCUAGAAGUAUCAGAGAUAGAAAAGUCGUUUCUAUGAGGGAUGGCAAAGAAUAGCAUUUUUGGUAUGCCAAUAUUUGGUCAACCUUUCGAACAAACAUUUGACUAUUUGGUCAUCAACUGAUCAACAGAACAACUCAGUCUUAUUUUUUUUCAUAAUUAUGCUAAUCAGCAACUUGCAUAAAGUCUACAUUUGUUUACACCAGAAAUAGUUCAAAUAUUGACGAAAUUUUUUCCUCACUUGUUCAUCUUUUGUAAUAUAAGGAAAGUAAACAGUCAUAGUCAUAAUUUGCCUUCUUUUAGAUUAAGAGUUCUAAUUCUUACAGGAAUGUAGCCCUUAUGUAAGUAAGGUUCACUCCACACAAAUUACUUUGUAGUCGACUUCUUAUUCGAUGAUCAGGUGAAAUACUUCCAAGCGGCAUAAGGCAUGGGCAUUAUUUGACAAUAGAUUAACAUGGUAGCAUGAACAAUAUUUGCAAUCAAAUUGGGUAUUUAUAGACUAUGGGAGAGACUAAUGAGGGAAAUAUAAAACAAUAUUUGGUUUAAGUAAACUAUCUGUCUGAAUAUUGAGUACAAUUUAAAUGUUAACCAUACAAAUACAUUUACAUUUUACGUUAAAUAUUUUUUACAGUCAUAUUGGUACGAUGAGGCAAUUUACAUAAAAGAAUUAUACCCAUUACAUUUGACUUAUUUUCUACACUUUUUCGCCUUAUUUCCACAGUGAUGUAACUACUUUUUGAUAGUUUUAAGAAUCAAUGUUUAAAGAUUUGAGUGAUUUGACUUUACCCUAUUUACAGCCUUGUUGAACCAAAAUUUAGCCUGUUCAGAUUAGUUCUACAAUUAUACAAAUUCACCCUCAUAUAAAGGUCAUAGAGACAUACCUAUCAACAUUAAACUCUCAACUUAAUUUUGCCAAAAAUGGAAUAACGUCAAUAUGUCAAUAAGGUGAUGACUGGCAUUUUUCUUACUCAUACUCAAAUAUAUAUUUGAAGAUCUUCAAGUGUAAUUUGAGUCAUUAGAUCCAGUGCAGAUCAGAGUACUAAUUACCAGCAUUUAGUACCUAUUAUAAACAUGACGAUUUGUAACUGCUUUGUUUCAACUUGUUACCAUUUAAGUUUUCUAAAGGCAAGCAGUUAGUGAUAUUAACUAAAAGGUACACUGUCAUCACUAGCAGCAUCCAAUCUAGACAACCUAAUAUGCAGUAACACAGUGACAUGACUUAACAAUGUUGGAAGCCAUUUUCGCAUGAAUUUUAAUGAAAGCAGGUUUGGCAAAAUAUUAAAUAUUUUUAUUCUUUCAUUUAGCUUUUCUCAUUUGUCUUCUUUAGAAUAUUAGAAGAAUGGAAUAGAAUUCAAAUAUUUGUGUAAUGAACAAGUAUUCGAAUAAUCCUUGCCAACUCUAGUUCUUACACUGAACACUUUCUCUAUUCGCAAUCUAUAAUUGUGUCAAGUUCUUUAAUGUUCUCUUUGUCAGUUAUGAAGUUGAAUGAUGGGACAGGACACAUUGAUUCCAAUAUAGCCGCCAAGAAUAGUUGGUUUGGAGGCAUAAAUAUCUCAUUAUAACUCAUUUCAGGGUUUUUACAAAUGUCAUGAUGAAUUUUACAGUACUAUACAAUAUUUAAAAUAUCUUUGAGCGUUUUUAAUGAAAAACAAAUAUUCCAACUGGUUGGUUUUAAUGAUAAACUGAGUUUCAGCUCGAUGCUUCUCAGUUGUUAAUAUUUGUUUAAUGAGCUGUGUAGGUAUUUUGGUCAUGUUACAACAUUCAGUUACAUGACUCAUUCUCCUGGAUGCCAUACAAGUUCCUCGCAAGUAACUGAUGGAAAAUCAUAGUUUGAUUUAGCUUUAACUCCUUUAUGAACUUCCUGGCUUACAAAAAAGGGUCAUAUUUGCAGAUGGAUAACCACUCAAAAAUUUGUAAUUUUCAAAAUCGUGUAUUACUUGUUCAGCUAUGAUGGGUAAAAUAUAUUUAUGUUGUCGCUAGAUGUUUCAUGAAGACUUAUUUUACUACUAUUAUUUUACCAUGUACCAGUAUGUUAUUUUCCUAUAUGAAUGUUAUUGUACUAUGUACAUUAUUUAAGGGGACGCAUACUUUGAAAUUAGAAAAAAAGUGGGUGGGGUAUUAUAAAAUUUACCUGCAAAAAAGUACACGGUUUUGGUAAAUGAAAUGAAUACUGUUUCAACUGUUAUAAGUACACAAAGGAUUGCUCACUAAAAUAAAAAUGAGAAAAACUGAAACAAGAAAGUUAUUGUUGAAUUACAUAAGACUUCUUGUGUACAUUCAAAGUCAACAAUUAAGACUUUUUGGUGCGAAAAUAAUAGUGCUUCACUUUGUCCAAACAUUUAUCAAUGUCCUACAGAUUCUAAUUUAAAGAAAGAAUGUGAAAUAAGUUCACUGUCUUGCUUUUCAUUUGGCAUAUGUGAGCUAAAACACAUUAUUUAGUUUGUUUACAAAGUAGUGCAUAAGAAAAGAUACGGUGGUCAAGGAAUGCCACAUUACAAAACUAAAAGAGUAUAUUCCCCUUAAUACAUUAAACAUUUAUCAUUACAGAAGUCUAGUGGCUUACAAUAAAGGCCUAGAAAUGUUGCCAUUAUUAAUUUUUAACUUGGUAUUCAUGAAUUGCAAUGCACUUAAAUAUCAAAAUACAUUCAACAAACUUUUGAAAAUGUACUGUCUUAAAAAUCCCUAAAAUAAGGUAUGAAAUUUUGUUGAGAGGUCCAAUCAAUGUGUACAUGUGCAAAAGCAACAUUCUAAUCGUGUUCACAAAAGUUACUAAUACACAGCAGGAAUGUCAAUGAUCAAAACUGGACGAAUAUACAGUUAUCCUCAUUUUAAUGUCAUUUAUAAUUUGUCCUUGAAUUCUCCACCAUACUUUUCAUAACUCUGUUUGCACGAGUUGCACGAGAAUGCUGUCAUUCACGUAAAAAAAUGGGGUCAAAUAAGUUGUAAAUGCAAUAUCAUGUAAACGUAGUUAAUGGAUUAUGCAGUUCAAGAUAAACUUAAUCUCAUAACGUAACGAUCAUGUAUAAUGUUGUAACAACAACUUUACUUACACUAAUUUAAGUAGCAGUCGGUUUAUAAGUGACUUUAUCGAUUCAUUUUGUGUUUUGUUAUUGUUGUCAAAAGUAUAACGGAAGUGCCUCACAACUGAAGCGGAAACCAGUUUGAUGCGCAAAGUAGUCCACUGUAGGUAAUAUUUUUUGACAAAUGUCCACAGAAAUUAAUAAUUUUCUAAUAUUAAAGACGAAUAUCUGAAUAGGAUUCAUUAUUUGAUAAGAAAUUAUAAUCAUCGACAUGUUUUUUUUAAAAAUCGUACACGUGCUGACACCUAAGUUGUCUCCCGUCGUUUAUUAGAGUUACCUUUCGUCCGGCGCAGUAAUACAUUUGCAGUGAAUCGCCGAGAAGUCGUGGGAAAAUUAAAAACCAUGUAAACAAACUAAAAUUAACCAAUUUCAAGAUUAAUUUCAAGUGAUCGGCAUUAUGCAUUUAACCCGCCUGACCUGUGUAGCAUCUUAGAUAUCUGUUCUAAGGUAUUCAUUGUGUAGAAUGUCAUGUUAUGCCCUUGCAAUGCUAAUCCCACUCUGAUUUUUUGUUUACAUUUUUUAUCAAUGAGAAAUAUGGCGUCCAUCCCGAGAUGAACUGACGUGGCGUUAAAUUUUUACAUGUUUAAGCAAACCUGGUGUGUUAGAAAGAAAAUCUCAUCCCUUCAACAUUAUUUGGAACACUGUUAUUGUAAAAAACCUGUUUUUUCCUUAUACAAAAGCUUAAUAUUUUGUGUUGAAUGUACUUUCACAAACACCUCUGUUUUCCUAUUACAUUCAUAGUACCACAUCCUUAUCCACAAAAUACUGAAUAUUACAGGUGUCCAUCAGUAUUAUAUCAGUUUAGGAAUAUGUUUUUUAUUUUCCCACCAUUGAUUUCUUGAAUAUGCACCCCUUCCGCAUUGCUGUAUGAACUGUGAAUGUAGCAAUAUGCGUCCCCUUAACAAUGUAUGUUUUUGAAAUGCAAGAGAACAAGCUUGAUUAGACCUCUGAAUGAACGACAGCUUACUCAAAUAGCUCAUUUUAGUGGUUCUACAAUUUUAAGGUUAUGGACUUUCAUUCCAUACUCACCUUAAGUCAGGAUGUGUCUCAAAAAAGGGAUAAGAAUUCUGUAUCAGAGUGUUUAAUAAUACUUUGUUUUUUGCUUAAUGCUUUGCUUGAAUCAUAUAUCCUUAAGAAAAAUAACUUCAUGUAACUUUAUAAGCAUUGGGGGUACUAUUUGUAAAAAAGGAAUUAAUUGAAGGAAGCUUAAGACACUGAACGGUACAUUGAAUUGAAAUCUUGAAAAAUAAUGUUCUUAAUAAAACCGAUGAGUUUUAUAAACAGCAGAAGAGGAUUGCUUUUGAUUGGCCAAGCUGUCAUUACAAGUUCUCUGUUCAAUUUGUAUAGCUGUAUAAUUCUUAAAACUGUGAUAAUAGCUUUUAUACUCAAUAAAACUAAAUUACUUUGUCUUUU